AUGACAUUCAACACCUGGAUGUCUGGAUCACGGGUGAACGAUGGUCUUCAGAAGAUUGCCAAACAUAUUCUGCUAGUGAACCCCGACAUUGUUGCGCUACAGGAAGUUCAGCACGAUUAUGAUAUUGGAAAUCUCACUCAAAUGCUUGGCAAACCAUGGGUUGGUAUACAUCACAGAAAUCAUCCAACGCUACCAGACACUGCAAUCUUGACUAGGCAUGAGUUUUAUCCAAACUCCUACACCGAUACCAGUACCGGUAUAGGAAUAAGAAUUCUUGUGGAUUCAUUGUUUUUCGUCAAUUUCUGGUCUGUUCACCUGAACUACCUACCUUAUGGGCCAUAUGCUGCAUUCAACAAGAUGGUGACAUCCAAGGAUCAAAUCCUUGCAGUAGAAAAACUUCCCUCAGGAAGAGAACAAAAUGUUAAAGAGCUUCGGAACAAUUCAAGGAUGACGGCUUGGAGAAGGAAAGCUGAUAUUAUACCGGUGAUUGUCAGCGGUGAUUUCAAUUCACCAUCUCAUCUCGAUUGGACCGAAGAAACCCGAGGCAUACAUAAUGGAUGGCAAAUAGAAUGGCCAGCGACAAAACUUAUGGAGGAGAUGAAUUUUAUCGACUCGUUCAGGAAGCUCCAUUCAUUUGAUCAAGACCCAGGCUUCACAUGGUCAACCGUAGACAAAUGGAAUUCGCAGUACAAUAUCUCUGAACCUCAAGACCGGAUCGAUUUCAUCUUCUAUCAAGGUCGGGAGAAGAUCUUAACUAUUUGA